AGCAAAGCACUGUUUAGAGAACAAUGAAAUUGCUUUCAACUUAGAGGGUUCUAAUUUAAUAAUAAUGGUAGUGUCUGGCUGUCAGAGUGAUCUGCUAAUGCCAUGGAGUCUGCUUCUGGACAGGAAUUGCCCACUGAUAUUAUCAGUUGUUGUAAACUGUCUUGGCUGAGAAAUCAAUCAUUAACUCUGGUCCCCAUGUCAUAAAAACAUCGUAUUGUAAGAGCAUGACUGGCUUAAGGCUCUCACUAAUCAAUCAGGCAUACAGCAGGAAUACAGCAACGCAUAAAAGGAGCCAGAGACUCGGGAAAUCCAUCAGCUAAGGGGAGACAAGCUGCACUGAGGUUUAUCUCCAUGGAGAAAUCCACUGACAAGCCAAACAAGGAAAACAGAUCCUCAGCUCCUGAAGCACUGCAGGCUGAGGCACACAGUCCUGCACCCGCGGCGGGAGCUGCUGCAGAAAUGAGCAGAGCAGGAUCCUUAACACAAAACUCAAAACACAAGAAGAGAGUGGGAUACACGGAAGAGUGCACUGAAGAAAUGGAGAGACCUUCAGGAACAGGGAGAGACAGUCCUGCUGCCUCUGAACCAGCAGUUUUGGAACAAGACUCUCCAAACUUAAGGCCACUUGCUGUGCCAACAAACACAAACUCUCCUGAAAUGAGCACAUUGGAACUGAACCACCAGUGCUCAGACACAGCCACUCUGGAUAUGGACUGCAUGAUCUGCUUCAACAAGUACAGCAUCUACAGAGUCCCAAAGCUCCUGGACUGCCAGCACACCUUCUGCGCCGUCUGCCUCAAGCUGAUCCUCAGGAAAGAGGAGAAGAGCUGGAUAAUCACCUGCCCUCUUUGCAGAAAACCCACCUUCGUGUCAGGAGGGCUCAUCCGCACGCUCCAGAAUAAAGAAGACAUCCUGGAGCGCCUGGAGAGCCUUGAUUCAAACCCUGAGGUGUACAUCUGUGCCGUGGGGCUGGAUGGCAAUAGCUGGACUCAGAGCAGCCAAGACAUUUUAGCCCCAGAGGAAAACAGCCCAGCACACACCAGCCUGGUUGUGCAGAGACUCGUGCUGCUCCUGCUGCUUGGGGUGAUCCUCGCCAUGCUCAUCCUCCCAUUUAUGUACUCGGGGAGGGUGAAAUGGGUAAUUUGUCUCCUGCUUACUUUGGGGUUGCUCAUGUCUCUGAUGCUUUGCUGCACUCCUAAAUUCCACUGCAGGUGCAAGAAAGACUCUCCCACCUCCUGUGACAAGGAGAUCCAGAUUGUUACCAUUGCCUGAAACAAUCUGUAAGAGAUCAGGGACUGGGCACACCAGUGAGUUAAGGACUUAAAGCAAUCUCUCAGAGAAUAAAUUCAACAGUUGGCUGAGCUGGCUCAAUGCCAAUGCACAUUGUUGUUAAAUCUCCUUACUGCAAACAAAAUGAACUACUUAUGUGUUGAUAUUUAUGUGUUUUCCAUACAAUUUUUAUCCCAGACUAUUGUUUUGGUUUGCUUUUGUCAUUUUGUUCAUGUCUGUGUCCCCUCCUGCAGGAUGUUAUCUGGAACACCCGGGAGGUGACAUCCUGCAAAACCCCAUGGUUGCUGUUCCCUCUCUCUGAACAUACAAACACCUUUCCUUGGGACAGUGUGGAAAUAAGGCUGCUAAAUCAGGCAGUGGGUGUUCAGAAGAGAGUAGUUUUAGCCCAGAUUAUCACUUUAACCCUGGCAGGGAUGGGAAAGGGACUGGGAAAAGGGAUGUCAGUUGAUGCCACUUAAAGUUACACACAAAAUUGGAGAGGAAGAGGCAAAACCAACACUCCCAAUCUUGAGUCUGUGGCAUGCAAAGGGCAAUGCUAAAAUUCCCCACAUUAAAUAGCACAGAAAUAGUUCCUCUCACCUGCAUUCCUUUAUCUGGCAACCUGCAGGAUCUCUCUUCUUGCCCUCUUUACAUUGCCCUUGAAGAUGCUCACAGAAAACAGAACUCUGUCAACUGCUGCGCCACACCAUGUGUGAUAUUUUUAUAUGGAAUGUCUCC